AUGGAGCCGAUUACGGCCUGGAGCGAGGAGACCGUGUCCCAGUGGCUCCAAGGUCUAGACGCACCCUUGCAUCGGUAUGCUUUAUCAGAGUGGCAUCUGACUGGUCUGGAUCUACUCCAGUUGACUUCCGAGGAUUUGGACAGGCUAGGAGUGUCCAAGAUCGGCCACCAGGAGCUGUUACUGGACGCUGUGGAGAAGCUGUGCUCCUUGUCAUACGGUGACAGUGGGGAGAACCUACAAGGGCUGACGGAGAAACUGCGAAGUGUGGCUCACAACUUGCAGAUGGGCAUCCAGGGCCGCUGGCGCCACAACAGCUACGAUGGUCAGAGCGUCACCAAGCUGUCCACUAGUUUGUUGCAUGCUGUGGUGGAGCUUAUAUCCUGUGCUAAAGGGCUGUUCACCAUUUUGAACAGGUAUCAGCUCUCCCAACUGAGCAGACACACAACCAGCAAGAAAAUCUUGAACCAGUGCAAAGAAUUGGGGGUGAUUGUGCAAAAGAAACGCACUUGCGUCUACGAGAAGGAGAAGGACAUCAUCUCUGUGUGCCGUCAAUUGGUGGUGGUGUGUGACGAGAUCCUGAGCUGCAGCCCAGAAGCUCUUCUCACCAACACGACGCAGCUGGAGAGCGUUGACCUGGUGCCUGCGUCACCGGGAGAACAGUUGGGCAUUGAGAUAACAUCCAUCGGCUCCAGUAACCACUAUGUGACCGGAACCGCAGCAGAGGUGGGCUGGAGCAGGGCUAACCUUGUGAAGAAGUUACAGGAGAAUCCCAACGGCGUCACUCUGGUCCUAAAAAGGUCUUCCGGCUCGCUGUGUCGUAGAGGUCCUGGGCAGAGAUUACUCUCACUCCAAGAGGAGUACUUCUACAAAGAGGAGAGUUCGGAGGAAGAAGAAGAAGAGGAGGGAGAGGAAAAUCUGAGGCACUCCAUUUUUGAGAGGGUAGCAGCUUCUGUUCGGUCCUUGUCUUUCAGGAGAGCCGUUCAAGGCCCACAGGUGACCGAACAGCCUAUGGGACAGGAGGAGUCCGAGCUGUCUGCUGACAAGGAGCUGGAAGGCAGUCUUUCGCCUCAAGGCGCUCCAUCUUCGCUGUCAGUUUCAGGAGAGUUUGAGAGUCCUGGUUGGCGACUUUCUCCGGGCCUUAAUCGAAGAAGAGAUCGCACCCCUUCACCCCGAAGCAUUUCACCAAGCGUAAUCUACCGAAGUUCUUCACUUCAGGCACUUAACCAGGACAGGACGAGCGUCAGCUCCUGUCCUGAAAUGGUAGGACACACGGGACACCAGGAGGCAAAGAAGAGUUCUACUAAAGGAAUGACAACGGCCCUUAGUCGACGACGUGUCUCCUGCAGAGAACUGGUCCUGCCUGACUGUGACGGCUGGCUUUGGAAAAAGAGGAAGGAGAGCGGCGUCUUCAUAGCACAGAAGUGGCAACGAUUCUGGUUUGUCCUCAAAGGACCGUCACUCUACUGGUACACCAGCCAACAGGAUGAAAAGGCAGAGGGUUUUGUCAACAUCGCCAGUUACAACAUAGAAAGCGCUGGCGAGCACAAACGGAAAUAUGUGUUCAAAAUGUGCCACCAGCGAUUUCACAACUUCUUCUUUGCUGCUGACAAUGUUAGCGAAAUGAGCAAGUGGAUAAAUUGCCUCAUCACAACCAUUCAAAAGCACAAGAAGCUCAGCCCAGACAGUGAAGAAGAGUGUUAUAGUGAGACAGAAUCAGAAAGUGAGGGAUCCCCUUCACCCCGCAGGAGGCAUAAGGUUAGCACUCUUCCUCGCCCAAAGCGCAGGACCAACAUUAAGGUGCCAUUGUCAAGUCCGUCAACAGGGAGCAGCAAAGCCGCUCCAGAAGACGAGAUGGGCAAGAUGUUAAAUAACAUCAAGGAAGGUGGUGUGUCCCUGAUGGGCCACGAGCAGCCGUUCACGCACGACCAUUUUAGGAGGUCGUUCAUCCGGCGCAACAAGAACCCCGUCAUCAAUGAGAAAGCGCACGCGCUCCGUGCACUGCAUAGUACCCUGAAGGCCAAAGAAGCUGAAUUACAGCAGAUCAACAAACUUCUAGAAGGUGAUGCCGUAACGGCCUCAAAGUAUCGCCAGUGGAAGGAACAGAACGAAGAACUAUCUCAGGAAAUCGAGAGACUGGUCUCUGUAAGGGCCUCCAAAUUGGCAGAUGCCGACAAGGCCGCCGCUGACGUCACGGCGCGAGACACGCCUGGCGACGAAGUUGCCUUGGAAACGGUCACCCCGGAAACAAGCCCCGCAGAGACAAAAGGCGCAUACAGACUAAACCUCAGCAUGGGCGAACAGCUGGUGGAUGCCGAGCCAUCAGAUGUUCUUCUGGAGCUCCCACAGGUCUCUCCGGCGGAAGAGAGGAGCAGUCUCGGGUUGGAACUCUCACUGGGCUCUCUGCAAGAAUCCAUCAACAAGGAGCUGAGCGAGAUGAGGGAGAGCGGCGAGGGCUCCGAGACUUAUUUCUUUAUUUAA